AUGGUUAUUGCGGCCCAGGCACGGUCUGCCAGGCAUCUCACACCUUCGAUAGAAAAAUGUCGGAUACCGGAAUUCCCCGCCGAGCACAUGUCGGCGAUAAAUACAUUCUUCUUACAACUUCGUAGUUUGGCUGCGAAAGGUGAAAAGUACCCGCCACAAAUAACGCUGGGCCCGGGAGGACAAAUGUUCGGACUCAGGUUCAGUUAUACUCUCUACCGCAAAGCUAUGAAUGAGAUUGAAACUUUCGGCACUUUGAACGCAAGCGAAUACGGUCUGUUCAGAUUUAACCGAACAUUCAACUACAGCGAUGCCUAUGAAGGUAAAUAUACUGCUGUGGACGGCCUAGUAAACCUCUUGAAAACUGUCGAUGCAGUCAAGUAUCAGAUGAUAUAUCCAAAUGCAACAGCAUACGGAUGUGGAAUGACAGUUUUCCAGAAGGAAAAUAACGAAUGUGAAAUGUAUGUUGUGUGCGCCUUUGACAAAAGAACACCGUAUACAGCAGAUUUUUAUCAGCCACAAGUUCGAUCACAGCAGGGGAACUACAAACCGUCAAUCUAUAUCGAACGUGGUUCGGAAAGACCAGUUAUGAAGCAACAUUAUGUGGUGAGGGACACAUAUAAGAGCCCACUGGACUCAUCAAUGUCUGCUCCUAUGGGGCAGUCCACAUUUCACGUUCAAAUAGGAGGAGUUCCACCACAUAUUAGGCGAUACGGCCAGCAAAAUCAUCCUGUUAUUCGAACUAUGUUUAGUGCUGCCCCACUAAAGAGUAUUUUGAACAUUAACGUCUCACCAAUAAACGCUGUUACCGAUACAAGAGCGUACCGACUGGAUGUCGCCGGAAGAGACGGUGUCUCUUCCGUUCAUGGAAUUCCUGGACAAAUCACCGGAGUGCAGAACAUUAUGGUUGAUCCAGACAUGUCUCAUCGAGGAUAUAUUGGCUACGAAGAUGAGCUGCGUCCAAAACAUCCAACCAACGACGUCAUGCCGUCCACAUCCAAAGAACAGUCAAUGCCUGUGAGACAUGAUCGACUUGAGCGCACUUACGGUGUCGCGCUGCAGCAUCCAGCUACGAGAACAGAAACAUCUCAAAAUUCUGUGACUCGAUGUACAUCACCUUUGCCGGAGUCCAUUUGUAGUCGUUUGAAGCAACAAAAAUAUGAGAAAUAUAUGAAACCUUGCAAACCGCGAAUGUUUUGCUUCUUCAUGGAACAGCACGUUGAACGACUCCUUGCUCAAUACAAAGAACGCAUGAAACGAGCACAUCAGUUACAACGAGAAAUGGAAGCCGCAAAUCUACCGGAAUCAAUGAAGCAGAAAAUGUUGGAUUUUUUGCAGCAAAAAGAGUCCAGGUUCAUGCGACUACGACGGCAGAAAAUGAAUAAAGAUAUGUUUGAAGUACUGCAACAUAUAGGUGUUGGUGCGUUCGGUCGGGUAUCCCUCGUUAAAAAGGUUACGUCGAAUCGAUGGAAUUCAUUCGUCACCUUCGACAUGAAAGCGCUACUCCUCGGCAUCAUAGCCAAUCUGGCACUUCUAAACUCCGCUCAAGAAGCUUCCACCUCCAGUGAAAAGUGUCGGAUACCGGAAUUCCCCGCCGAGCACAUAUCGGCGAUAGAUACAUUCUUCUUACAAAUUCGUACUUUGGCUGCGAAAGGUGAAAAUUAUUCGACAGAAAUAUCGCUGGGCCCGGGAGGACAAAUGUUCGGACUUAGGUUCAGUCAUAAUCUCUACCGCAAAGCUAUGAGUGAGGUUGAAACUUUCGGCACCUUGAACCCAACCGAAUACGGUCUGUUCAGACUUAACCGAACAUUCAACUAUGACGAUGCCUAUGAAGGUAAAUAUACUGCUGUGGACGGUCUAGCAAACCUCUUGGAAACUAUCAAGUCAGUCAAGAAUCAGAUGAUAUAUCCAAAUGCAACAGCAUACGGAUGUGGAAUGACAGUUUUCCCGAAGGAAAAUAACGAAUGUGAAAUGUAUGUUGUAUGCAUCUUUGACAAAAGUGCUCCGGAAAAUUAUACAAUGCAAGGCGACCCUUGUAAGGAGGACAAGGAUUGCCCCCAAGGAUCGACACCUGCGAAAUGUAUCGUUCCUUUGUGUCACAGUCAAGAGUGA